GUUGUUCUGCUGCAGCCGACAUGUCGCCGCUCAGAACUGCAGUGGUCCUUCUGCUGAGCCUCAGCAUCUCUACCUGCACAGGUGAAGGAGGAGACUGCAGCUGUGACAUCAGCAACAGCCACUGUGAUGAGUUUGGAGUCUGCAGGUGUGACCCCGGCUGGGAUGGAGAGCGUUGCGACCGCUGUGUUCCAAUGCCGGGUUGUGUCCACGGUUCCUGCGACCAGCCAUGGCAGUGUGUGUGCAUGUCGGGGUGGGCGGGGCGGUUCUGUGAUAAAGAUCUGAGCGUCUGCUCGCGGUUGCAGCCAUGUCGCAACGGCGCCACCUGUGUGAUGGAGGACAGCGGAGACUUCACCUGUCUGUGUCCUGAAGGUUUCCAUGGUCCAACCUGCCAGAGGAGGGCGGGGCCUUGUUACCUGAACAGGUCUCCGUGUAAACAUGGCGGUCAGUGUGAGGAUGCAGACGGCUUUGCGUCAGAGCUGACGUGUCGCUGUCUCGCCGGCUUCACGGGUCGGCGCUGUGAGGUCAACGUGGACGACUGUGCAAUGAAGCCAUGUGCUAACGGCGCCACCUGCCUGGACGGCGUGAACCAUUUCUCCUGCGUGUGCCCAGCCGGGUUCAGCGGACGUUUCUGCUCUGUGAACCUGGACGACUGCGCCAGCCGGCCGUGUCUGAACGCCGGCCGCUGCCUGGACGGCGCCGGAGGCUACCGCUGCGUCUGCCGGCCUGGUUUCAGCGGCACUGCCUGCGAGACGCCGUGGAGAAGCCGCGAGAGCUGGACCACGCUGGGAUGGGACGGAGGCGGGACGAGGAGCGCCGCCACCACGAGCGGCAGUAAUGGCAGUCGUCAUGGCGACAGGCUGCUGAAGGUGACGGUGAAUGAGCGCGGCGGCGGCAGCGGCGGCGGCCUGUCGGAGGUGCGGCUCAUCGUCCUGCUGGUGCUGGCGGCCGCCACGCUGGGUGCCGUGGCGCUGACCGCCGCCCUCGUGCUGCAGGGUCACUGCAGGAACUGUGGCCACGCCCCCUGUUGGUCAUCACUGAUAUCAUCACGGCGCAUCAGGCAGCGAGCACAGGAACGUCACAUCAGCUUCCUGAAUGCAGCAGAACCGGAGAAGAAGAAACUCAACGUGGUUUAGACCAACCAGCACCUGAACUGUGACAUCAUCACAGUGACAUCACAGACUUAUUACUUAUAAUGCCUUUCAGCUCAGAGGACUGUGCAGCUGAAACUUCAUUAAUGAAUAACAGAUCAGUAAACUUCAAUAACCUCCUGAUAAUGCGUUUAAAGAGCUUCAGAUUUAACUUUACAACAUCAGAACCUCAAACUGAAAUCAUGUCAGACAUUUAAAAGAACCUGAUUGGUCUGUGUCAACAGCUAGACACGCCCCCCUGAUGACAUCACAGCAGUUCCAACUGUUCAGACUGUUUUUGGUUCCAAAUUUUCAUUGUUUCUUUUUUUUACAGUCAAUAAUAAAAUAGAGAAUAUUAUAUAUAAAAGAAUAUAAUAAAAAGCAUUAAAAUUGAAGUAAUGUCACUAAAACUACAAUAUUAAAACAUUUCAAAAAAUAAGAUCAAGAGUUUAGGAACUGUUAGGAUAAAAACAUUUUGAAAAAUCAAAUAAGCUUUUUUUUAAAGUAGUGGAGUCAUUUAAAAAUAUUGAAAAAUUAUAAAAUGCAACAAAUCACAAGUAAAAAAUUAAAUGAAAUAUUAAAAAGUCAAAACGUUAAACUAAAACACAAAAUGAAAAAUAAAAUGUAUAAGAAAACAUUUAAAAAAUAUGUUUUUUUAAAAGACUUGUCAUUUUAUCAUUUAAAAACAAUAAAACCUGUUUUUCCUUUGAUGGAACUUGAAUUAAACCUCCAGUAGAUGUUUGUGCCAUUUCUGUAAAUACGAUGAUUAUUUAUUGUGUCGUGUAAAUAAAAAUAUAAAACUGUCA